AUGCAACGGAAGGAGGCCAAUCCCUUCCAGAUCCUGGGCCUGCGUCCUUGGUUGGUGAAGCAGCUAACCAAGUUGGGCCUGAAAGGAGCAACUCCCAUCCAGCAAAACUGCAUUCCGGCGAUAUUGUCUGGUCAGGAUUGCAUCGGAGCAGCCAAGACAGGCUCGGGCAAGACCUUCGCCUUCGCCCUGCCCAUUCUGGAGCGGCUGAGCGAGGAGCCAGUGAGCCACUUUGCCCUGGUGCUGACGCCCACGCACGAGCUGGCCUACCAGAUAUCCGAGCAGUUCCUGGUGGCCGGUCAGGCGAUGGGGGUGCGCGUGUGCGUCGUGUCUGGCGGCACGGACCAGAUGAUUGAAAGUCAGAAGCUAAUGCAGCGUCCGCACAUCGUGGUGGCCAUGCCCGGACGUUUGGCGGAUCACCUCACCGGCUGCGACACCUUCUCCUUCGACAAUCUCAAGUAUCUGGUUGUCGACGAGGCGGAUCGCAUGCUGAACGGCGACUUUGACGAGAGCCUGGCCAUCAUCGAGAGGUGUCUGCCCAAGACCAGGCAGAACCUCUUCUUCUCCGCCACCAUGAAGGACUUUAUGAAGGAGUCCAGCAUAUUUCCCAUUGCCAGCGAGUGCUUUGAAUGGUCGCAGGACUCCGAUGUGGCCACUGUGGACACCCUGGACCAGCGCUAUCUGCUGUGCGCCGACUACGAUCGCGACAUGGUUUUGAUCGAAUCACUGAGAAAGUAUCGCGAGGAGAACGAAAACGCUAAUGUGAUGAUCUUUACCAACACAAAGAAGUACUGCCAGCUACUCUCGAUGACCCUAAAGAGCAUGGAUAUUGAUAACGUCUGCCUACAUGGCUUCAUGCGACAAAAGGAGCGUGUGGCUGCCCUCAGUCGCUUCAAAUCCAACCAAAUACGCACACUGAUCGCUACAGAUGUGGCGGCCAGAGGUCUGGACAUACCCAGUGUCCAGCUGGUCAUGAAUCACAUGCUUCCCCGAACGCCCAAAGAGUACAUCCACCGUGUGGGCAGGACAGCUAGAGCGGGACGCAAGGGCAUGUCCAUCUCCAUAUUCCGCUUUCCGCGCGAUCUGGAGCUCUUGGGCGCCAUUGAGGAGGAGAUCAACACAAAGCUCACAGAGCAUCCCAUCGAUCAGCGCAUGGUGGAGCGGAUAUUUAUGCAAGUGAAUGUGACUCGCCGUGAAUCUGAAAUGCAAUUGGACAACAACGAUUUCGAUGAACGAGCGCAGAACUACAGGCGCAAGACGUGGAUUAUGGAGGGCAAGGAUCCUGACCAAAUGGAAGCGCUGUAUCGCAAAAAGCAGAAGGAUAAACUCAAGGAAAUUCGCCGGAAGAGAAAACUGCAGCAGGCAGAGUCGGCUGCCAGCGGGGAGGGCAAGACUCUCCUUCAGGAUGAACGUUUCAAAUCUGUAGACAGUGCGCGGUUCGAGAAAAAGUGGAAAGGAAAAAGUAAAGCCCCCAAUGGAGACACCGAAAAGAAGCCAUUGAAAAGGCUCACCAAAGGCAAACCGGCUGUCCACAAGGGCAAGCCAAAAAAUAUGCAAAAAUCCAAACAAAAGCUUAAACGUGAUGUUUAAAUAUAUGUUUAUAUAAUAACAAAAUAA